AGCGAACUGGCCCGCCAAAGUCCGCGGCCCAUGGGGUGGCGGGUUGAGCCGACAUUUCAUAGGCCCGCCAGGAUGGCGGGCUGGCCCGCCCCUCAACGCCAAAAGACAGGCUUCGGCAGGCUGCGGGCCGGCCUACCCCGCCAGCCCGUUUUGACAGCUCUACACGUGAUAUCUACUACGAGUAUUUAAUUUAACCAUAAGAAAACAAAAAAACCAGAAAAAACAGACAAAAAUUGCCAAUGCGAUUCGGAUCCGGGUCUGGGUCUAUGUUUACGUCACCUUUUCGGGUCGGGCCGGCCUUGACGGAUGCCUCUCUCAGUCUACUUACUACGUUUCCCUUUCUCUCUCCAAGUGAUCAAUUUUUUCUCCUCAGGACUGUUAUGAUCCUUACUGUCAACAAUUAUCCAUCGCCAUUUUCAGUUUUUUUCGCCAUUGAUUUUCGAUCCCAAUUGACUCUUCAUUCCUCACAAGCCCUAGAAAGUUCUCCCAAUUUGUCUGAUUGUGCACUGUGUCUCACUUCCAGCUUCUUCGAAUUCUUGCGUUUCUGCUCCCUUUCUCCUCAUUCCAGGGUUUCUUGAGCUGGCUUGCGGUGGUUUUACUGGCUGUGAAGAUCUGUUGCCUAGCUGCGGUUGGAAGCUCAUGUGAUUUGAUUGGAGGGGGAAGAUAAAGGGUUUUGGAUCUGAUCAGGCGGAAAACAGCGCCAUUACAUGGCGCUGUUCAGAAGAUUCUUCUACCGGAAGCCACCGGAUCGGCUUCUCGAGAUCUCCGAGAGGGUCUAUGUUUUCGAUUGCUGCUUCUCCACGGAUGUUCUCAAUGAAGAUGAAUACCGAACAUACAUGAACGGGAUUGCGGCUCAACUACAGGAUCACUACCCGGAUGCUGCUUUCAUGGUCUUCAAUUUCAAAGAAGGGGAAAAGAGGAGCCAGUUAUCCGACUUGCUAUCUCAGUAUGAUAUGACGGUAAUGGAUUACCCUCGGCAAUAUGAAGGGUGUCCUCUAUUACCACUAGAGAUGAUACAUCACUUUUUACGAUCAAGCGAGAGCUGGUUAUCGCUCGAGGGCCAACAUAAUGUUCUUUUAAUGCAUUGCGAAAGAGGAGGAUGGCCCAUUUUGGCUUUCAUGCUUGCUGGCCUUCUUUUAUAUAGAAAACAGUACACUGGAGAACAGAAAACUCUUGAGAUGGUAUACAAACAAGCACCUAGAGAGCUGCUUCAUCUUUUGUCUCCUUUAAAUCCACAGCCAUCUCAGGUCAGAUACCUUCAAUACAUCUCUAGAGGAAUCUUUGGGUCAGAUUGGCCACCGUCAGAUAAGUCAUUGGCUUUGGAUUGUAUUAUACUUAGAGUUCUUCCUCCGUUUGGUAGUGGAAAAGGGUGCAGACCCGUAGUUUGUGUAUAUGGUCAAGAUCCUUCGGUAAAAUCAUCAAGUCGAAGUUCCAAGCUUUUAUUUUCGAGUUCUAAAGGGAAAAAAAAUAUUCGUUUUUAUCGGAAGGAAGAGUGUGACUUAGUGAAAAUUGAUAUCCAUUACCGUGUUCAGGGGGAUAUUGUUCUUGAGUGCAUUCAUUUGGAGGACGACACAAUGAGGGACGAGACGAUUUUCAGAAUUAUGUUUCAUACAGCAUUCGUCAGAUCGAAUGUUAUGUUGCUGACCCGUGACGAUGUGCUCUUCUCAAGUACAGAUUCUGUUGCACCCGUUAUCACUACAAAAGAAGCUGCGUGUGAAGAUGGAAAUGAAGCAGAAAUCAACUCACCAGAAGAGUUUUUCGAGGCAGAAGAGAUUUUCAGCAGUGUUGAUGUGCAGGACGGUAAGGUGGAACCUGAUAAUCACACAGUUAAACCAACUUCCCCGGACAAUGGAAAUCAUCAUGAAGUAUCUUUGAUGGAUGGUUACAAUUAUCAUGCUUAUGAAGAAUGUGCAUCAGAUGAUGGUAUUCAGGCACACGAGCGUGUUUUGCCCAAUGGGGAUGGUCAGUUGGACAGUAAUAAUGGUAAAACCAAAUCUGUUUAUUAUGGCACACAUGGUAAGUUGGAAGGAGAGAGAGAUAACAAGCAGAAUGAAGAAGAUGCUCCUUCUGUAGCGAAAGAUAAGUUAACUGCUGAUAAUAAUGUUAAGAAGGUGUCCAGUAGUUCCAAGCCUGCUUCAGAUUCAAUUGGCACCAACAAGAAAUCUAAGCAGCAAGACUCUCAGGGCCAUACCUUAAGAAAAGCUAAGCCAGAUGCUGUGUCUAGGUGGAUACCUUCUAAUAAAGGCUCUUACACUAACUCAAUGCAUGUUUAUUAUCCUCCAUCAGCAAGACAUAACAGCGCACCACCAGCAGCAGCUACGGGCAAGAAUGCUUCAACCGGGGGAAAAUCUAAGGCUCAAUUUCUUACUCCAUCUUCAGAAAAAGAAAAAACAGCAGCAACUGCUGUAAAAUCUUCUACGCCAAGCCGUUCAAAGUACGCUUCUUAUCCACCAAUAGAUUCGAAACCAGCGAAAGAUGCUUCUUCUUCUUCUUCUUCUUCUUCUUCUUCUUCUUCUUCUUCAACCUUAACUAAAACCCCGGAACUUAACCCACCACAGAUAACACCUUCAGUUUCCCAUCCACCACCACCACCUCCUCCUCCUCCUCCUCCUCCUCCUCCUGCCGGUUGUGGUGCUCCACCACCACCACCACUUCCUCCUCCUCUUGCCGGUGGUGCACUUGCACUGGAUGAAUCAAUUUUGGAUGCUGAUCAAGUAGAAAAUCUAAUCAAGUUUUGCCCAACCAAGGAAGAGAUGGACCUUCUUAAGGGCUACACAGGUGACUUGGAGAAUCUGGGAAAGUGUGAACAGUUUUUCCUGGAGCUGAUGAAGGUGCCACGAGUGGAAGCAAAAUUAAGGGUUUUCUUAUUCAAGAUUCAAUUCAACUUUCAGGUUUCUGAUUUUAAGAAAAGCUUGAACCUAGUAAAUUCUUCUUGUGAAGAGGUCCGGAGAUCCCUCAAACUGAAAGAGAUUAUGAAGGCAAUCUUAUUUCUUGGAAAUACACUGAAUCAUGGAACUGCCAGAGGUUCUGCUCUUGGAUUCAAAUUAGAUAGUCUUUUGAAACUCACAGAUACACGCGCAUCCAACAGCAAGAUGACACUCAUGCAUUACCUUUGUAAGAAGCUAGCGUCAAAGGCACCCGGUCUUUUGGAUUUUCAUCAAGACCUCGUCAGCUUGGAAGCGGCCUCAAAGAUACAAUUAAAAUCUUUGGCAGAAGAAAUGCAAGCCAUUAUCAAAGGCUUGGAAAAGGUGAAGCUGGAAUUGGAUGCUUCGGAAAAUGAUGGUCCUGUAUCCAACACUUUCCGCAAGACAUUGAAUGAAUUUGUUGUUAUUGCUGAGACUGAAGUGUCCUCCGUGACAAGUCUAUAUUCUAUUGCGGGAAAAAAUGCAGAUGCAUUGGCUCUAUAUUUCGGCGAAGAUCCUGCCCGAUGCCCGUUCGAGCAAGUUACGCAAACCCUCUUGAACUUUGUGAGGCUGUUCCGGAAAGCUCAUGACGAAAACUGCAAACAGGCCGAACUAGAAAAGAAGAAAGCUCAGAAGGAGGCCGAAAUGGAGAAUGCAAAAGGGAUUAGCCUGACAAGGAAAGGCGGAAAACCUGAGAGUUAAAAAAUUUAUUUUAUUGGAAUCAACCUUACCCACAGGCCUACCUCUGAUCUUGAUGGGCUUUCAGGAAUCAGAGCUAAGAUGGUGCUUUCGGGACUUGAACCAUAUUUACACUUCUGCAGAGAAGUCAAUUUUGAAAGUAUCUUGUGGCAUUUUUCAUCUGACUUGGAGUAGAGGAGGCCAAUCUGACGUAAGUGUCGAAAAAAUAUUACUUAUUUUUUAUCUGGCUGACGAUUUGUUUGGCGAGAAGAUGGAUUUAUCGAGAAGAUGUACGUAUUUCGUGCCAUGGAUCAGUGUUGAGAAAGUCACAUGUGUUAUGUGGGUUGAGCUUGUACCGUUUAUGCACGCAUGGCCUCGUACUAUGUUUGGAAAGAACCGAGUUCAUUUGCUCCAGUGUAUCGGCAUCCCAUUCACACAUCAGCUGGAAAAAUAGUUUCUUAAGCCUAUUUAUUAGUAGAUAGAAUGAACCAUUGGACAUUUGUACAUAAUUAGGUCUAACCCAUUGUUUAGGUUCAGCACGAAUUGUUUGUUGUAGCGUAAAACUUUGUCCGGUUCCCCUGUAACAGUAAUCGGGUCGAUCCGGUUCGUAAUUUUCUUGUACAUAAAGAUGUAGGGAGUAUUGAUUUAGUCUAGUUAUCUAGAACUCAUGAGACUUUGUCACUUUCACUCAAAUUCUCAUAUUUUUCAGGCAUAUAUUGUAUGGUACAGUCCAACCUUGCUCAGAACUACAUUCUUUGCAAGCUUUAAGGAAAAUCUUGUACCUAUAUUUUCUGAAAAGAAUAAAAAAACAACAUAAGUUUCUACUUACAGCAUGGUCAAAGAUGUUCAUCCAUUCCAAACAAGAAGUUUGAUCCUACAAAAAAACAAAAGAAACAAAUGUACAAAAUCUUUCUUCCGUAACAAAAUGAAUAAACAUCACAACACCAUCUCUAUCGACUCGCCUUUCCCGAAAAUCGACCUUCUUCGAUCUCUUUCCCGACCGAUGGUCUCGUAACCUCUCCCGCAUCCCUCCAAUAACACACAACCAGCAAUGGCGUCCACCACAAGAACCACGGAAUACAUGUAGCCGAUCAGCACCGCCUCCAAAACCACCGGCCAGCUCAUCACCCGACCGUAAUAAUAAUAACCCCUCACGACUCGGCACCGAAAAAUCGCCUCGACUCCCGCCAAAGCCGCGUUCGCCGACACGGCGAGAGCCAAUGCUGCUCGUCUCCUCCCACUCACGAGAAAGCACGCCUCGAGAAUCGGCCCGAACCCGGCCCGACCCGACACGCACGAGACGACCAGCGCCAGGUGGCACGCCACGUAAGCGUUGGCCGCCACGACCGAGUAGACCACGGCUGCGGACAUUGUGACCCCGGCGAGGGCGUUUUCGGAAUAAGAAAGUCCCGAGAGAUCGAGAGCGUUGAAGCACGCGACGAGCAAGGAGAGGCACGUGGCGUUGGCUGAGAAAACGACGAGCACGUUGCAGAACUGGGUGGCGACGAGCCGGUUGAGUGUCGUGAUCCAAGAAAAAAAGACGGGUUUUUUUUGGGUGGUGUCGUGUUCGGAUGAUGAUGAUGAGGUGCCAUGUCGAGGGAAAAGGGCACGGAUGACGAAGGCUUUGGAGAGGAGGAGAGAGGAGAGAGAGAAGGGGAGGAGGAAGACGAAGGAGAGGAGGGCUCGGGAGAGGUUUAGGGUGAGGAAGGAGAAUAGUCGGGAGGAAGGGCGGACGCCGGAGGCGAAGAGGAGGGCUUGUAGACGAGCGUGGAGUGGGGGGAAAAAACGGGAGGAGGAGACAAGGGGUGGGGAGAGGAGGGUGGAGAGGGCGAAGGGGAGGGCGAAGAGGGCCGGUGUGGAGGUGAAGUGGUGGAAAUCUUGGAGGAAGGUGGAGAUUGAUCUUCUCAUGAGCAUCCUUGUGGUUUUGGCCAUUGUUAGUGUGUGGGUUUUGUGUUUUGUGUGUGUGUGUGUGUGUGUGUUUGUGGGUAUAGGGAGGUUUUUGAAGUGUGGGUUUGGGGGUUAUUGCAGUAGUUUUUUUGGUGUUUUUGGUGUGGUUUGGUAUGUUGGUUCUUGGAUGGG